AUGCAGAACCGUCUGGCAGGCAUCGAUGUGGAGAUAACAAGUGUAUGCCCUGGCAAGACUAAAACGCCAGUAAAAAAUAAAGGGAAGUCGUAUGAAGUGAGUGAAUCUUGCAAAACCAAUGCACAACCAACGCCUCCCAAAGUAUUAUGUAUCGACAACUCAAUCGACGUGGAAAAUAUGUCUUCUGACGAUGACUGCAAGGAUAAUGGCGAUAUUAGGAUACGUGAAAAUGCUUCCACACCUCGGAAAAGGAAAGGAGAUGACUCAGUAAACUUCUCAAUGCGAUUGAGACCAAGAAAGGCUCAAGAGGUGGUUCUACUCGAUGCAGAUGCACACCAUUCGGAAUCUGCAGAGAAGCCAACCACUAAAUGGGAUGCAAUGAAGAUAUAUUAUCCUUCAAGCGAACACUCAAAUUCUAUUGAGCUUUCUCAUGAUGAUACAAAAUGCCUUGAGCCUGAAUCGUUACUUUCCUCAACUAUAAUGAACUUCUACAUUAUGUACCUGCAAGGGCCAAUGUCAUCGAUUAGCACACAAAGAGGCAAGUAUCACAUUUUUAAUACAUACUUCUUCAAGAAACUUGAAGCCCUGAAAUCAAAGGUAGACAAGCCUUCUUAUUUCUUAAACCUGAGAAGAUGGUGGAAAGGCAUAGAUAUAUUUCAAAAGCCAUAUAUAUUAUUUCCUGUGCAUGCAGAUACUCAUUGGAGCCUGGUGAUUAUAUGCAUGCCAGCAAAGGAAGAUCAAUCAGGCCCCAUUAUACUUCAUUUGGAUUCACUGAAGUUCCAUAACAGCAGAUUGAUUUUCAGUGUUGUUGAGAGAUUCUUAAAACAAGAAUGGAAUUACCUGAAGGAUAAUGGUUCUUUAGCAGAAUGUCCUAUACGAGAAACCGUGUGGAAGAACCUUCCUCGUAAAAUUGAGAAGAAACCAAUUGCGGUUCCGCAGCAGGAAAAUGAAUUUGAUUGUGGCCUCUUUGUUCUGUACUAUAUGCAGCGGUUCAUCGAGGAGGCACCUGAAAGGCUUCACAAGAAAGACCUUUCUAUGUUUGGCAAAACAUGGUUUCAACCUGAAGAGGCUUCUGCAUUGCGAAAGAAAAUGCAGAUUCUGCUUCAUCAGUUGUUUGAGGAAGCGAAUCCCAGUAACUAUAGUACACCGGAGCAGACAGCGGGUCAGUCGAUUUUGGAAGCCAAACCUGCAAACAAUGUAACGGAGCCGACAAUGUUGGAACACCCUUUGGAAGUCAGUUCAGCUGAGGUGACACCAACGUUGGAACACCCGCUGGAAGUCGGUUCUGCUGAGAUGACACCAAUGUCUGAACAACCUUUGGAAGUCAGUUCGGCUGAGAUGACAGCAACGCAAGAACCUCCUUUGGUGGGCAGUUCCGGUGAGAUGGCACCAGCGCAAGAACAUCCUUUGGUGGGCAGUUUGGCUGAGAUGGAACCAACGCAAGAACACUCUUUGGUGGGCAGUUCGGCUGAGAUGGAACCAAAGCAAGAACACCCUUUUGUGGGCAGUUCAGCUGAGAUGGAACUAACGCAAGAACAUCCGUUGGUGGGCAGUUCGGCCGAGAUGGAACCAACACAAGAACAUCCUAUGGUGGGCAGUUCGGUCGAGAUUACGUCGCAGAAACCUUUGGAGGGCACUUCUACCCGACCACCUAGUUUUGAGCACCCUUUGGAAUGCAGCUGA